AUGUCCGUGCUUUCUGCCAUCCUGCAAGAAGUACACGAAUCCGUGUCUGGCGGGGUCCAUCCGGCGGUGCUGGCCUUGGUAGAUGCUUUCGUUGCUUAUCUUAAGGAACCAAGGUACCUGAACCCUUUGGGACUUAAUGAGUUGGGGCUGCUAUUCGCCAACUUUUGGGCUGACCUCAACCUGUUGGUGAUCUACAUUUACACACAGCUGAAUCUGAACAAAAGACAGCUUUUGGCGAAUCUGAAGAUGUUUCAGAAUGACCCGAAAACCUUUGACUACUUGGUGGCCUUGGCUAACUACUCCCCUCUGUCUAUCAAGAGGGUCCGCCGUACCGAUCCACACGCCUUGUUCCAGCUCCGUGUCUUUGCAUACUACAAGUUUAUUACCAUUGUCGACUCGAUCGAGAAAGCGCAGUACGAUCUCUUCAACUCGAGCAGCCCAGGCGAUAAGCUGACCUUGUUUGAUAAGAUCUUCCGCUUUGACGAGAAGGAUAUAAGGGCGCAGCAGCUCUGGACGGAGAAAAUCAGGCUACUUCGGAACUUGAACCUCCCCUUGAGCUCCUUCUGUGAAUCCAAGAACAAGGAGGAGUCUGCUCGCUUGGACGAGUUCUUCCUCACCCUAGACGCCACGGAAAGCGCCACUUUGCACGACAUCAAGAAGAACUUCAAGCUCCUCAACCUCGUGAAGACCCCAGCCACGAAGCUCAAGUACUUGGUGAAAACCCAGAAGUUGCUUGUGCGCCUCUUGUCCAGCUUCUACAACGACCUGUCCAAGGUGAACAACGACAUCUUGCUCCCAUCGCUCAUCUACAUCGACUCGCCUCCAGAAUCCUACGACCUUUACCUCAACCUUACCUUCAUCAAGAACUUCUUGAACGUGAUCGACGCUUACAAGGUCGAUGUCAACACCUUCACGCUCAACACGUCCUUGAACUCUUACAAGCCAACAGGAAAGAAACGCCCGUUUGCCAGAGGAGAGCGCAGAAACUCCAACUCCAACCUCUACGACCUCAUCAACCUCAAGGAAGCCAGUGAGGAGUUGUUAGAGGACGACUCCGAUCCCAUCUAUGCCACGAAAGAGCUUCAGUCAGACAAAGAUUUGAUAGAACACAUACAGAAGAACUUCUUGAACCACGGCGAGUUGCAGUACUACCUCACCAACUUCGAGGCAGUCAUUUACUUUUUGCUGAACUCCGUCCUCGAGGAGAUCGUACCCGAAAGCUUCUCGAUUCCAGAAUCAUUUAAAGAGAACGAGUUAGUCAACAAGCCCUUACAUAAGAUCCUUGAUGACGAGAUCAGCCCGGUGCCUGCCAUCGUCAAGACUGAGGUAAACGAGGAGCAACUCGCCAAGACCUUGGACGAGGAGCUCGACAUCAAUAGACUGCGCUCUGGUUCGCUUUUCAACACGAUUACCAGCGCAGUUCAGUCAUCGGUAAACCGCUCCCGCUCAAAUUCUGGAGCUAUCAAGAGCAAAGAGACAGGCGUUAUUCAGAAUGAUUUUGAAUCGUCCAUUUAUGGCGCACCUUUUGCAAACGGCGAAGCGUAUGGUUUCGGUCGCAUGAGAAACAUUCUAGGGAAGCUCGGCUCUUCUGCGAUACAAUUUCGUCAAGGCUUGGAAGAUGAGUUGAAUCAGAACCUUGGUGGUUCCGACUCUCAACUCAAUGAGACCAGGCAAAAGCGUGCCAGCACACUCUUAGAAAAGAUUUCACCCAACCAGUCCAGAACAAGAUCAGAGUCUCUUGACACUGGUGCGUCAUCCACGAUCAAUACCCAUUCACGCAAACCCACUUUCUCACUGAAGUUCUCAUCUGCAGCAUCAGAAUUUAUGACGAAGUUCAGCGCAGCUGCAAACAACCCAUCUGGCACCGUGCAGCCAAAUCAAGGCCACGCGUCCAAUCUUUCAUUGCAUUCCUUUGAAGACUCACCAUUUCAGGAGCCUAGACCAGCUAUUGGUGAGCGUUCAGCUAGUCUCCAUACUAUGGAUAGGUGGUUCAACAACUUUGCCAAUGAAGAGGGCACCUCCAACAACAACAACCUGAAUCACCAAUCAUCAAGCAGUGCAGCAAGCAAUGCUUUCACCAACAACGAAGACUCCUUAUUUAGUUCAUCAGCUGAGGAGUUGACCAAGUUUCAGCAUACCGAUUUUGACUCAUUGACCAUACAGGACCUCAAACUCAUGAAGAAUUAUUACGACCAACUUUGUCAGGAAUAUAUUGCAUCCAAGACGGAUUCUAAGACCAGCAACGAAUACCUUCCUUUGGACGCCAAAGAGGAAACUUUGUGA